AUGGGGAGAAAAAUACAGGGCAUUUUUGUCAGACUUCAGCAUGAGAAAGAGAACAUGACAAGUAUUGUCCAUGAAAUGGGGCUCGACAAAUCUGUGCUGGAUAGAUCUAUAGUCAAUUGGGGUAAUGUCAUUAGGUUAAAAAGGGCCUUUAGGGAGGUGAUUGAGACGGGCAGAGUUCUAAAAAUAGGUAUUAUGGGCGGAUCAGUAUCUGCUGUUAAUGUUUACCCACGUCUUUUGGAAAAAGCGUUGAAACGAAUCUUGGAUUCGGAUGUUAGUAUCUAUAACGGGGCUAUCGGGGCGACUGACAGUCAGUACUACGCCUACUGUAUGAGAAAUCACUUAGACACUCAAAAUCUUGAUAUCAUUAUAUGGGAGUUAGCAGUCAAUGAUUUCCUGAAAGGAGUCAGUCCCUCAGGACAAGAAGAAAUUACACGUCAAGUCAUAGAGUUGCCAAACAAGCCGCAGUUGCUUUACGUCAAUUUUCUGUUUGGUAAACAAAUUGCUAAAAAAUCAUGCAAUAACAGUGAAGAUACUGGUGGUCGUGAACUAAGCAUGUACUAUGCUGUACCUUCGAUCAGCCUCAGUAAAGCUGCCUGUAGAAGAAUAAAGGCUGGAAAAGCAGAUGACUUGCUUGGCGGAGUUAACAAAAACCAUCUCUCAUCGAAGGCGCAUUUACAAAUGGAGUUAUUCUUGAGGUAUUUUAUGGUGAAUGUUCUGUCAAAUGUCACUUGGGAGAUCCUGGAAUCAAAGACAAGUUUGUCAUCAGAAGUUAUGACUGAGGUUGAACACGUGCCAGGGCCGUUACCACCAACUUAUUUCAUGGAUACGCGCGUAACAAAGCCAAAAUGUUGGUCAGCAUUGCUCCCACAGUUGGGUAUUGGUGAAUAUCUUUGGCCAAUCAGAGCAGCCGAUGGAUGGGACAAAGUACCAGUUCAUAGUGAUUCUGGUGAUCGUAAACAAGUUUGGGUCGGCAGUAAGAAUGGCAGUGUCAUCCGGUUUCCAAUUAGCAUAGAGCCUUAUGAAAACCUCACCAGUAAACUUGCUAUAUCAACGUUCACAUGUGAGAAUUGUGGAUCAGUUCGGGCGAUUGUUGACAAUGACUUUGCUCGAGCAGCUACUAUCAGUGGUAGAAGUCAGCAUCGAAUCACAUGGCCAACAGUUAUUGCCACCGACCUUGAACCAGGAAGUCAUAACAUCACUAUAAAAUGUCUCAGUGAUGAUCCAUUCCACUUGGCUGCUAUAGCAACAGCCUAUGACCUCACAACACCAUUGUCAAUCUUCACAUGA